GCUCCCCACUCCCUCCAUUAUAUAACCGACGAAAAGCAGCCAGGCUUUGCCAUUCAUUGUCGUCAUCCCCCGACCCUGUCCAGUUUCCUCCCCGGACAACCUCUAUCCGGCGAAGACAUCGGGCUGCUGUCAUCCUUCCGGCGAGCUUUAACUCACCCACUAUCGUCCGGAAGGUUUCUGCACUCCCCUCCUAGAUUAGUUCGACCCCCUGAAGCAGCAUUCCUUUCCCCUUUCUUUCUCUCCUCCUCCUCCAUUUCCCGGCCACAGACCGAUACGAGCGUACGACGCGUCCGGUGGUUGCCUUACGCCUGUUCUUGGAAACACGCUUGAGCCUUCAGCCGGCCGAAAAACCUCGGUCUAGUCUUGGUUGACUAGUGGAUCUCGCCGGGGACCCGCUCCUCCGGCGCGUACCGGUGAAGUCGAGGAUGGAAGGAUGAUAUUUCCGUUCGGCGAGGAGGAUCCCGAUCGGCGAUGGGCGGCUGCGUCAGCAUAGAGGAAGGAGGAGCAGCAGGGAUCAAGCCCCAGAAACCUCAAUCUUCACCAGUGCCCGGUCAGAAUGCAUCUGUGACUAGCAAUGCUGAAAAUCCACCGGCUGCACUGAGAGAUGUUGAAGACUUCGGGCAGUUUAGUGGAUAUGAUGCUCAUGUGUUUACUUAUACAGAGAUGAGGAUAGCUACUAAGAAUUUCAGGCCAGAUCAGAUACUUGGAGAAGGUGGCUUUGGGUUUGUAUACAAAGGAUUGAUUGAUGAGACUGUAAGGCUUGGGUUCAAGUCCAUGCAAGUUGCAGUUAAGGAGCUCAAUCCUGAAGGGUUGCAGGGUGAUCGAGAGUGGCUGGCUGAGAUAAACUAUCUUGGACAGCUCAGUCAUCCAAAUCUGGUGAAACUUGUUGGGUACUGCUGUGAGGAUGAUCACAGGUUGCUGGUUUAUGAGUAUAUGGCAAGUGGAAGCCUGGAAAAACACCUUUUUCGACGUGUUUGUGUUACAAUGCCUUGGCCUGUUAGAAUGAAGAUUGCACUGGGUGCAGCUAGAGGACUUGCCUUCCUUCAUGGAGCAGAAAGACCUAUUAUUUAUCGUGAUUUCAAGACAUCAAACAUCUUACUAGAUGAGGAUUUCAAUGCCAAACUAUCUGACUUUGGUCUUGCUAAAGAUGGGCCAAUGGGAGACCAAACACAUGUCUCCACACGUGUACUGGGAACUUAUGGAUAUGCAGCUCCCGAAUAUGUGAUGACUGGCCAUUUGACCGCUCGAAGUGACGUCUAUGGUUUUGGGGUUGUUCUCCUUGAGAUGCUAAUUGGGAGAAAAGCAUUUGAUAAGAGCAGGCCAAGUAGGGAACACAACCUGGUUGAGUGGGCUAGGCCUCUUCUAAAUCACAGCAGGACGCUGCUAAAGAUCAUUGACCAAAGAAUGGAAGGUCAGUACGCGGUUAAAAGUGCACAAAAGGUCGCCCGCUUGGCCUAUGUCUGCCUCAGCCAGAAUCCAAGGGGAAGGCCUACCAUGAAAGAAGCUGUUGAAAUCUUGGAGACCCUUCAAGAGUCAGAGAACAAUCAGGUGAAUGCACCUCCCCCCAAUGGGGGCAGUGGUACAACUCUUUAUGAAGGUAAUAAAGAUUCUUCUGGAAAUGGUGUUGUGAGAAAGAAACUGCCAGAUAAACCUUCUGAUCAUGCAAACAAUGAUGCACAUAGACCACAUAGACUAAAACCAGCUGAUCCUAAAGGCAACCAUGAGAUUCCAUAUGAUGAUGUGCAUGGUCGGUCAGAUGAAUGUAACCUGCGGAAGUCAUAUCCUGUUAGAAAUGGUAUCAAAAAACCAUCAGUGGAGGAGUCUGUGUUGUAUAAGAUUUGAUGCAAUGCAACUCUAUUUAUAAGUUUUUUGGCAUGUGUUUGCAUAGUUUCUGAAA